AUGGCUAAAAAUAAUUUAGCAAUGACUUAUAAUGCAACACCAAACACAAUGGUUGUAGAGGAAGACAGAGGUGGAUUGUGGACGUUAGAUCCGGGGGACGCACUCGGCCAUAAAACGGGCGGUGCAGACAGCGCCAGCGGCGGAUCGGGCGGUUCGGGAAUGGAGUGUAUCCAACUACGCUCACCUCCAGGACCGUUCCAUUACCUCAUUUCGGAGCAGGCUAAAUCCCUCGUCGCUCUACAGGAACUUCAGAAUGAAGUCGGAGCUUUGCUCGAGUUUCGCGACCUCGUCAUCGAGACAUUCCCGAACCUGCGCUCGAAGAUGGCGCCAUCCACGCCCGCGAGCGGCACGCGCCGCGACUGGGAGCCCGGCGUACGAGUGCGCCGCAAGCUGGCGGCCGGAGGAGGCGACGCCGCGCGCGCUAAGCCUCAGCCCUCCGUUCAAGACUCCGGGUUCAGCACUGAGACAUCUUGCGGCAAGGAUGCCCAUUCUUCCUCUGCUUCUGCGUCCGCUUCAGCAUCUCGGUCCCGUCCACUCGAGGACGAGCUUUGGGCUCUCCUGGACGUCAUCCAACGAAAAGGAGUACGACUUCGCGACGAAGCGGAACAGUUGCGCGGGGAACUUGACGAUAGACAACCUGUCGACACUGUCGAGGAAUCAUUCGCAAGAGCGCUAUCUAGUGGCACCUGCAGCGAAUGUGCUGACACAUCUCGGAUUCGGGCAGAACGCGACGCUUUGCUUAUCCGUGCGGCAGCGUUGGAGGCUGCGGCAGCGACGGCAACAAGCUCUCCGGGUCCGCCACCGCCGCCGGCCACCCCCCUGGGCCGCCUUGAUUCCGCGCUCGACACUCCUUCCCGACCCCCACGCGUCGCCACGCCCGACUCCAAGAAGUUCGCGGCGAUUCUCCUCGAGAGUAAUCCUGUCGAACUUCAGAGGCAACUGCUUACCUCCACCGUACAGAAUCAGGUGUUGAGUGAGCGCUUCAGAAGAGCAGCUGCGCAACGUACAUUGUUAUUGGAAAGGUUAGACCGCGCCCGAGACCUGAAUGAGGACCUUAAAUUCAGAUUAGAGGAGAAGAGCAUCGAGCUAGAGGGCGCUCGCGCGCUCGUGCGCAAGCUGGAGGGUGCGGGGCGGGAGGGGCGCGACGGGCGGGAGGGGCGCGACGAGGCGCGGGCGGCGCGGGAGGCGCGGGCGGCGCACUGCAGCAUGCGCGACAUGGAGCCGCUCAACAUGCCGGAGGACAGCGACGAGUCGCGCAUCGCCGACACGCCGCGGCGCCGGCCCAGCCGCAUCCCGCUGCACACGGGGCGGCCCGCGUCGGCGCACUCGGUGCGCUCGGGCGCGUCGGGCCGCUCGGGGGCGUCGGGCCGCUCGCGCCUGUCGCCCGCGCCGGCCGCGCCGCCGCGCAAGGAGCGCGACAAGUCGGCGGUGCCGGUGCGGCGCUCGCCGGCGCAGCCCGAUGCCAAGACGGGCGCGCCGGGCAGCUACGCGGCGGCCGAGGCGGUGGCGGCUAUGUACGUGGCGCGCGCCGAGCGCCUCGCGCCGCUCGUGCGCGCGCGCCCGCUGCCGCGCGAGCUGCUGGCGCCGCCGCGCGACAGCCUGGCGCUGGAGCUGCAGCGCUCCGUGCUGUACGAGGACGCGAGCGCGCUGUGGAACGGUAAGCCGCAGCAGUACUUUGAGAGCAUGAACUACGGCGAGCGCGUCGUCUCAGACGACGAAUACGACAGCGACUCGCUGGCACCCUGA